AUGUCGCAAUCGCACUCUUUGCCUUUGCUGCGACAGCAAGCCAAAACACAGCGACAUCCGUCCAAGCUUCAGCGCCGAACUUCUGCGACCAAGCGACGCUCAAUGCCCGACCCGCAGCCAUCCACGCGCCAGCGGCGACCGUCGCUCGAUCAUCGACGUCAUUCCUUGCUUUGGCCUAGCAAUAUGCCUUCCGUGACUCCUAUGAAGAGCGUAAAUCCCAAAGAGUAUCUUACCGCGCUCUCCUCCCUCAUCAACAACGCUUCCGACCGUAUGACCAGAAUCUCGCUCCCCGAUCUCAUCUGGGCCUUCAACCGUGCUCAUGCUCGCAACGACCGUACCGCCAUGCGCCAGCUCGGCAUCAGAAUGGCUUCCACGCUCGACCAGGUACAGGAAGCAUAUGAUUCUUUCUGCGAGACCCGUGGAACAUUCGACGAGGAGGAGAUUUGGAAAAUGAUCAUGGGCUUGGGCGACGAGGGAGAGGUGUUUUGGGAUGUGGUGGAUGAGUUGGGCGACUUGAUUGAAAUCAUGGAGGGGUUAGAGACGGAGGGGUUUUGGAGGAGCUUCGACAGGGUGAUGAGGAGCGUUAAUCAAUAG